AUGGGACAAAAAAGCACACCAACAAGCCUUCGAAUCGGGCUAAAUCGACACUUCUCACAUACCUGGUUUGCAGAUCGACUUUUUGGCUCUCUUUUUCACCAACAAAAAAAAUGUCAAGAGUUUGUCCAGACUCUGCUGAAAUCCAUUGGGGUUCGGACAGAGAGGUCUCACUUUCAACAAGCCCCGCAUAGUUUACGAAUGCAUAGUUUUUUUUGUGAUCCUCGUAUUUUUGAAAGUCAGUAUCAAACAAAGCUUGCUUCUUUAGUAACGACGGGUUUUUUCCAAAAUGCUUCCCAGUUAUUUGUUUUUUCACCAGAUCAACCUCAAAAAAAAUUUAGUUGGUUUUUAACUCAGCAACAAAAAACAUGGGACGAGGCAAAAAAAUUUAUGAUCAUUAACUUUUUUUUGUUGCAAUACCAAAAAGCGAAAUCGAAAAAAAUCUCGGUUUACCAAACGCCUUUAGAAACGAAAAACCACCUUAUUUUUGGGAGAUAUCAAAAAACUGCGAACAAGGCCUCCGAAGUCCAAUUUUAUCAAAAACAUAUUAGCCAGAUUUUAACCCACUACGCAAAAAGUGAAGUUUCUUGGCAUCCUGUUAAAGUUAAAUCAUCAACAAAAACAGCGCAUUUUAUUGCGCAUCAAGCUGCCAACCAAUUGGAGCAGAAUACUCCUUUUAGACAAAUUUUUAAACACCUAGUUCAAACAGUUAAAAAAGAAGAAACAAUUCAAGGUUUUAAAAUUACCUGCGCGGGGCGUCUUGGUGGUGCGGAAAUGGCACGCGUUGAGUCAAAAAGGUUCGGACAAACAUCUUUGCAUACCUUUUUUCAAAAGAUUGAAUAUGCUUCAGUCUGCGCUUACACUCCCUACGGCUUGAUUGGUGUAAAAGUUUGGGUAUCCUAUAAACCCAAUACGUAA